CUUAUUCCUGAACUCACAGAUAAACACAUUGGAAGUGAAACUUUGUUGAAAGUAGCAGUAAAUUCCUGUUACAAGAUCCUGUGCAUUAUUUAGUAGGAUAAUUUCAUAACUUGCUGUUUUCAAAGAUUUGGUGAGUGUGGUGUAAGUUACAGAAAAAUGUUUGCCUCUGAAAUGUUAACAAGCUCUAUUCAUGAUUUUCUUUUCAAUGAAGAUGUGGAAAAUAAACUGUUAUACAGAAAUCGAUAUCUUUUGCCUUCCAUUAUCAUUACAUAUGUUCUGUUUGUUACUCGGAUUGGACCAAAGUAUAUGAAGAACCGGAAUCCUUACAAACUGAGGACAGUUUUGGUUGUAUAUAAUUUUGUUGAAGUGAUUGUCAAUGCUUACAUUGCUGUCAGAGUAGCAAAUUUUUUGUUGAACAACGGGGAGUUGUUUUGCUUAUCGAAAAUCAAUCUUGGUCAUCUUUUCUCUUUAAGAUUUCAGCACUUAGCAUGGCUUAUUCUUCUCAACAAACUGUCCGACCUUUUAGAUACGGUCUUCUUUGUGCUGAGGAAGAAAAAUAAUCAAGUGUCGAUUUUGCAUGUAAUUCAUCAUAUUACAAUGCCUUUGCUUCUCUGGUGGGGUUUAUUGGGCAUGAGCUACACCGGAGGUUAUUACUUGGGUGUAGGCUUAGGACUGAACGCUGUCGUCCAUGCAUUUAUGUAUUUAUAUUACGGUCUAUCUGCUAUAGGACCGAGUAUGGCAAAAUAUUUAUGGUGGAAGAAAUACAUCACUCUUAUGCAAAUCAUACAGUUUGUUAUCUUCCUGAGUUAUAUGAUUUUUGGCUUUGCAACUGGAUGUGAAACGCCUGGAAAGAUGGAAAUAUCCAUAUCCACUUUUGUUUUAUUUCUUCUAAUUAUGUUCUGGAACUUUUACAAAAGAAUGUGAAUGAAAACAAAAAUGACUCACUGUGAUUGUUAUCGUUUCUUCAUUGUAUUUGUAAAAAAAAAAAAAUUAUCUCCUAAAAUGAGACACUGCAUGUUUUAAUAAAAUUAAAUAAAUUUUCCUUUAUAACAUUUAUACUGGGUGGGCAAAAAGUCAGUAAAAACUUUAAAAAUUCAUAAAACCCGUAAAAUUAAGCGCAAUAAAAAACGGUUUGCAGAUUUAUCAUCGAUAAAUCGCGAGGAAUGUUUUAGGUAAGGAAAAAAAAUUACUUAAAAAACAGCCGAUAGGUGGCAUUUCGUACAUAAGUGAAAGAAUAGACACACAAAUUACAAAAAUAAUGUUAUCAAAUCACUUAUUAUUGCAAUAUGUAUUCACCAUGUCCACUAGUACAAGUGAUCACCCAUUGCAGGCGUGUCACAAAUCCAGCAACGGCUGAGUGCAGCAUGUCCGGCUGUAUACACGACAUCUCUUUGCGGAUUGGAUCUUUCAAUUCCAACAGAUUGGAUGGACGGGAUCGAUACAACAGGGAUUUUAAAUUUCCCCAUAGCCAAAAGUCUGCUGGUGUCAUACGUGGUGACCGAGAAGUUCAUGGAAACUUGCAAAGUCUACUAUUGAUUCUCCCUUUCCCGAACAUCUGUAUCAGGAAUUCCUUGCCUCGAAUAGCAGUGUGACUUGUUGCUCCAUCUUGCAUAAACGUAACAGCAGAAAGCGCAUCUUUUUCACGCAAACAUGGAACAACCUUUUCGCGCAGAAGCGUUAAAUGACGCUCAGCAUUUACUGUCACUGUAUUCCACCUAUUUACCGGACACUGUGUUUCAAAGAAGAAGGGUCCUAUGAUGAAGUAACUUAUGAACCCACACCAUACUGUGUUUUUGAGGGAAUGCAGUGGUUUCUCAGCGUACACUCGUGGAUUUGAUGUCGCCCAGAUGUGACAGUUAUGUGUACUAACAUCGCCAUGGAGAGAAAAAUGAGCUUCCUCUGUCCACAAGAUGUUAAAGAUCCAGGAGGGAUCUUGUUCAAUUUUGGAGAGAACCACCUAUCAAAUGCUUCUCUCUCUGCGGUAUCCGAUGCUAAAAGUUUAUGGCAAGAUCGUAAUUUGUGUGGAUAUUGAUUAAGAACGCCAUUAAGAAUGUUGCUUAUCGAGGAUGGUGGUAAUCAAAAGCGUCUGUCAGCUUCUCGUGCACUGUUAUGGAGAUGCAUAAUCCACGAUUUUUUGAAUAACAAAUAAUAUUGCUAUUGUUAUUUUUAAA